AGAUCAAGUUAUGGUGCUAAACCCGAACCGGACCCGACACCAUAAUUACUGUAACAGAGUAACCUGACGAUCUCUUGCUUCUCCUUCCUCUGCCAAAGUUUUCAGUCGACUAAAAUCGAACUCAAUUUAGUUUUCGUCUUUCUUUAAAAAUGGCAUCAGGCGAUUCAAAACCCUCACAAACUGUGGCCACGAAUCCGCCUCCGCCACCGCCAACAUCAUCUUCUUCGUUCUCUGAAAAUUGGAAGGAGCGGAUGUUCAUCCCAACUCUACUCGCAGGAAUUGCCGGUGCAGGUGUCGGGUUGGUGUCAAAGCAUCGAAAAGUUCAUGGACUGGCAAAUAUUUCUGCGUUGUAUGCUGCUAAUUUUGCCAUUGUUACUGGUUGCUAUUGUGGGGCCCGGGAAUUUGUGAGAGUAACUCGGAAAUCAGAACCCGAUGAUCUAAUAAACUCGGCGAUUGCAGGAUUUGGUAGUGGUGCUCUUCUUGGACGUCUUCAAGGUGGUCAAUUUGGCGCAUACCGGUAUUCGAUCAUUUUUGCUCUUGUGGGAACAACAGUAGAUUUUGCAGCUAUUAAACUAAGACCCAGCUUAAGAAGUUUCAGAGAAUCCAUAUACGGGGACAAAGAGAAGAAAGAUGGUUGGUUUAAGUUGCCGGAGUGGUCUCCCAUUCAAGUACUUGAUGAGGAAGCCCUUGCAGCUAAAGAAGCUAGAGAAAAGCAGCUCUACAAUCAAAGAGCUUUUACUAAAUUAAGCAAAGAAGAGUCUUGAGAAAACUUUAUUUUCUUUUUGAACAUGAAAUGUUGUAGCUUAAAAUACCGAAUAAUCCAUCUCGUUUGGCCUUCUUUUCAGCUGAUUAGAAUUUGACAAGGAUGAACUAUUUCUUAAGCUUUUUGGGGAGAGGUGUAGGGUUCUACUUUGGUUAUCAUGUCAUUUCCUUAUUCUGGUAUUGUUGAUAUACCUGCCAAUACAUGUAAUGAAUUUUAUAAGUUUAUACCAACUUUUAGGAAUUAGCUCUUCA